GAUGCGGCCAGAGCAAUGUGGAAUUGAGUAGGACCGGUUGCUUCCUGUUAUCUAAAAGCCUCCGUUUCUGUUAACACGAUUAGCAUAACCACGGCUGGAUCGUGUUCAGCUGGUGACACACAGCAAAAGUGACCACAGGCGUGCAUAAUUUUUUUAUGGGGGCUGGACAUGCGUUGCACAACAUCUUGCAGCCAUGCGUUCCUGAAUAUGGACAAGUCUUAUUGGAAAUUAUCUCAUUUCCUCAUACCUCAGCUUGUGUCCAUAGCAGACCAUUUCCUACACGAUUCUGGUGUAUGAGUAAGCACCAUGUACCCUUUCAACGUAAGCCAAUCUGAAGUUCCUUUUUUCUCAGAAUAGCAGCUUCCUCUUCACUUGAGACAAGCUGUCCUGGGUAAACAGACCUUGCUUCAGACAUUUAUAUAUAUUUAAGACAAAAAUCUUAAAAAAUAGCUGUAUUUUGGAAGUGGUCUAGUACUGCCAGAGAGUCCAAGCCUGGCAGAGGGGACUCAAUGAUGCACACUGUGUCCUUAGUCACUCAGUCAAUGCCCACUGCCCACCACACACAGCCAGUCACAGAUGGAUGUACACAAAAAGUGCCAACAGGGCAUGAUGCUGUAAACAAAUCCACAUGAAGCUGCUGAUUCCUCCUAAGCACCCUACCGUAAGUUCAGAAUUGUGCAAUGCAGGAAUCUCAACUAAAGCAUCCAUAACAAAUGACCAACCUCUGCUACAAGCCUCCCAGGAAGGAAAGUCCACCACCGUUCUACUGAUAGCUCUUACUGUCAGAAAGUUCUUCCUAAUGCUUGGUUGGAAUUUCCUUUCUCGUAACUUGAAUCCAUUGGUUCGAUUCCCACCCUCCAGAACAGGUUGGCUCCAUCUUUCGUGUGACAACCCUUUAGACAUUUGUCUAUAAUAUCUUAUUGGUCUCUGUAAUAUCUUAUUAUGUCCCAAACACACUCAGCUGGCACCAGCACCCCUACAACCAUACACACGGCAAGGAACAACCAUCACACUGGGAGAUGCUGAAGAAAGAUUUCUUGCAAGCAUGAAGGAGAUACAGAUACAAACAGCAGAGCAGUUCAGAGCAGGGACAGAAUACCCCCUUCUGACACUCCCUAAAACAUCCCCAUCAAGCUCUACCAUAAACAGCAGGCAACUCCUCCACUGCUGGAUUUAGGUGAUCUGGGCAAUUCCCCCCCAUAAAGGUUGCAGAGCUGAAGGGGUGCAAAAUUGAGAAGAUCCAUAAUUGAGCAGCAGUUCCUAACACUGCAAAAGACCACUCAAGGUUUGGGGAAUGACUCGAGAGAGCUUUGUCUCAAGAUGCAAUUAUCUCUUGCAUAUUUCGUGAUCACACUUUUCUGUCGACACCAUCCCAAGCCUGGCCACGCCUCCGAAAAGUGCACCAUAAAUAGCUGGGGUGAGGCCCACAAGGCCACCCAGGCACCAGGAUUGAAACCAUGUGUGACCAGCAGACGCAGGAACCCUCCAACUUUGCUGGUACAGUAUAGCGUGCUUUAGUGUACUCAAGUGUUGCCUCUUUUUUAACUUUGGUCAUUUGCAAGACACCAAGUCAAGGGAGCAAGACCAACUGCUUCUCAUGCUCGCCUUGUGGUGAAUUGGUUCAUUCUGUAAGCGGAAAUGCCGGAACAGGGUGGUUGCGUAGCCGAGUGCAGAAACUGGGACCGCUGGUGAGCCUAUUUUAAACAAAGAGAGGCCAGCUGUUGCUUUGAGAUUUGAGAUAAUGCUCUGCUCAGAUGGGGUUGCUGGCUGCAGCUCUUAUUGAGGAAUUGAGUCUUUGCUUUCUUUUGAAGAGUGAAGCAUUUGGAAUAUCUGUAUUCCCUGCUAUGGGCAUAAUUUAAAAAUGCGUCAGGGUUUCUUGUCACUCUGUUUAUGUGUUACUCUUUCCUCCCCUUUGCACGUAGCAAGAGGAAGGAGCUUCUGCUGUCAUUUUAGGGAACUUUAGUUUCAGCGUCCAAAGUUGCGACAUGAAUUGCAACAUGCAAAAGAGCUGCUGGAAAUCCUGGUACCCGACCACAGAAUUAAUUACAGUGUCUAGCAAUCAUGUACAUUCCCACCCGGUGGUUUCAAGGGAUCUAUAAAAAGGGGUCAGCCUCACUGGUCAAGCAGAGCUACCAGGUAAUGCCUGAUUUAGAAUGGAGUCUCACAAAUACCCUGGGAGUCACAUCCUCCUCUUCCUCCUUUCUGUUCUCUGUCCAGAUGGGGAGAAGAAGGUCUUUGCCCAGGCAGCCGUCUUCAGGUCCAGAAUCUGGGAUGUCAACCAGAAGUCCCUCUACCUCCAGAACAAUGAGCUGGUAGCUGGAUACCUGCAAGGGCCCGAUUCUGCCCUGGAAGAGAAGAUCUACUGGAUUCACAACCGGGCCUUUGACCACGAGAAGUUCUCCAUCAUCUUGAGCAUUCAGGAUGGGAAGAGGUGCCUGGCCUGCUCCUCUGGUGCCUGGCCUGCGUUGCAGCUUGAGACCGUCAACAUCACAGAUCUGCCCAAAGGUGGCAGGAAGGAGUCCAGCCGCUUCACGUUCUUCUCCUCUAACAAAGACGGGGCCUGGCGGUUUGAGUCGGCUGCCCAUCCCGGCUGGUUCCUGUGCACCUCUUCCAGAGCCAACGAACCUCUGGGCCUCACGCAGCUCCCGGGGCCUUCUCAUGUGGUGGACUUUUAUUUCCAACCCUGCUGAGCCUUGAGGGGCACCCCCCGCCCCCAGACCUGCCCAAGUGCCUGGCACAGCCGCACCGAGGGCUCCUGAGAGGAUUCCCAAACCGCUGCUCUCUUUUUUCCUCCUCUCUCAGCCAUCCUAGCCCUCCCACACGCAUCAAAAGUGGAAGCUUUCGGAUGGAGCAGCUGUAAAGGUGGCCGAGUGUGGAGAGGCCCCGGGACAUCCCUCUCAACCAUCGUGGGGUCCACUCCAGGCAGGUCAUUAAGGGCAAACAAGUUGCCUCACAAGAUCCAGCACUUAUUAUCCAAGUAGAUGCCCCUGGGACGAAGCCUCAGGCUGUGUGUGAAUAGCCCUGCUUCCCCCAGCUGAUUGUCUCCAGCACUAAUCCUGCCCCCCUGAACACGCACAUUCCCUUCUGAAGCCACACUGUGCCACACAGCCAUGGUUUCUGUGGCAUGGCUGAGAUCUCCCGUGAGGUCAGUGCGGGUCUUCAAAUUUUCUGCCUUCAAAUUCCCCUCCACUGGACUCAUAAGGAGAAAAGAUCCGGGGCAUCAGGGCCUGAACAUAAUAUUUGUUUCAAAAGAAAUUAGCAGAACGUGAAGAACUCAGUUAAAAUGAAGGGUGGGCCUUCUGCUGGGCUUGUGACC